AUGUCCACAAAGCCCCAUGUCGGCAUCAUCGGUGCUGGCUUCUCAGGCCUGAGCUGUGCUGAUGUCCUUCUCCAGAACGGCGUGCAAGUGACUAUCCUCGAAGCGCGGGAUCGGAUUGGCGGCCGAGUUCAUCAGAGGGAGGUUGGAGGUCAUUUGGUGGAUCUUGGCCCAAAUUGGAUUCAUGGGGCGGAAGCUAAUCCAAUCAUGCACAUUGCGGACGCGACGCAGACCGUCACGCACGACCCCGAAGGACGGAAUAUUGCCAUUUCCCGCACAGGACAUCUCGUCGGCGAAGACUCUGUGAACAAAGCUUGGGAGUUCUUGUGGGGAACUAUCGAGCAGGCCUUUGAAUAUAGCAGUCAGCAUGGGGAUAGAAUUCCUCCCGAGCAAAGUCUAUACGACUUUUUCCAGGAGAAGGUUAAGCAGUCUACAUUCUCUGGGGAGGAGAAACAGCUUUUCUUGGACUUGUGUAAGAUCUGGGGAAUUUAUACGGGGGAUCCUAUCGAGCGGCAGAGUUUGAAGUUUUUCUUUCUGGAAGAGGUCAUCGAUGGAGCGAACUAUUUUGUCGCAUCAACCUACAAACGCAUAUUGGAGUAUGUCUCUAGAGCCGCAGUAUCACAAGCGGAUAUUCGAUUCAACCAGGCUGUCGUGAGCAUUGAUGCUCCACCCCGCGAUAAUAAGCAGCAUCGAGACCGGAUCACUGUGACCACUAGUACAGGUGAGCGCUACAGCUUCGACGAGGUGGUUGUCACCUGCCCACUUGGCUGGUUGCAACAGAACACGGAGGCAUUCUCUCCGGCUCUCCCACACCGACUACUCGAAGCCAUUCGAAGCAUAUCCUACGGCCGGUUGGAGAAAGUCUACGUGACUUUUCCACGAGCCUUUUGGCAUACCGAUUCAACCCCGAACACCAGCUAUCAACACGCAUAUGGAGAAACGAAUGAGUCGAAUUCGGCGCAGAACCCCAUGUAUACAACAUCAUUCCUCGAACCUUCAUACGCGGAUCAUCCCGCUGGUCUGGAAUGGACCCAGGAAUGCUUCUCGCUUGCUAUAUUACCCACACCCUGUGCCCAUCCAACCCUCCUGUUUUACACCUACGGACCCUGUUCAACACACAUCGUCGAACAAAUCGCCUCAUUAGACCCCAGCUCAUCUGAAUAUCGCAACAUCUUGGUCAAUUUCUUCGAACCCUUCUACUCCAGGCUUGAAGGAUAUGACGUCACCUCACCAGACUGCAUCCCCACCGCGGUCAUGGCAACCCGCUGGCAAAAGGAUCCAUACGCGGGUAAUGGGUCUUAUUGCAAUUUCCAGGUAGGCCUGGCACAAGCUGACAAGGACAUUGAGGUGCUUCGUUCCGGUGCUGGUGUUGGAGCUGAGCGGGGGCUUUGGUUUGCGGGUGAGCAUACGGCGCCAUUCAAGUCAUUGGGGACGACGACUGGGGCUUACUUGAGCGGGGAGCGAGCUGCAGCACGGAUUUGUGAGACUGUAGGGAUUAAUUCAUAA